AUGAAAAUGAAUUUAAUUUAUAAUCUUAAAAUUUACGAACUUUUUGAAUGAAUAUAAUUAGAAAACUGAUAUAUAAUAUCAUGUUUUACGUAAUACAUCGAAAUAUAUGAUGGUUAAAUUUCUUAUCGCGAUUCUUAUGUUGCAAGAGAUGUUUGAGAACCACUGAGAAUGCACGAGGAUCGCUGUAUUUCAUCAUUCACCAAUUUUUAUGAAAUUAAGAACUAUGGCAUCAUUUGUGGUACCGGUUGCAACGAGAUUUACUCGUGUCACGAUUGAUAAUUUGCACAAUAUAAAUAAAAAUAUUUUACUUAGGUUAAUUCAACCAUCACAUGUUUCUUGGCAAAGACAAGAGUAUAGUACAAUUACAGAAGAACAGAAGUCAGAAAGUGGAGAACCAGUAUUGGAACUUACAGAAAAUGAAAAAUUAAAAGCAGACAUUGAACUUAUUAAUAAGGAAUUAAUGGAUCUUAAAAAUCAUAAAAAUGAAUUAGAGGACAAAUAUAAAAGAGCACUUGCUGAUGGAGAAAAUCUUAGAGUUAGAUUAAACAAACAAAUUCAAGAUGCAAAAAUGUUUGGUAUUCAAGGUUUUUGCAAGGAUCUCUUAGAAGUAGCAGACAUUUUAGGCAAAGCUACAGAAAGUGUACCUAAAAAUGAACUCACAGAAAAAAAUCCACAUUUAAAAACAUUAUAUGAAGGUUUAAAGAUGACAGAAGCACAGUUACAUAAAGUAUUUAAAAAACAUGGUUUAGUUUCGCUAAAUCCACUGAAUGAAAAGUUUGAUCCUAAUCAACAUGAAGCAUUAUUUCAACAGGAAGUUGAAGGUAAAGAACCAGGAACAAUUGUAGUUGUAUCUAAAUUGGGUUAUAAAUUACAUGAACGAGUAGUAAGACCAGCAUUGGUUGGUGUUGCAAAAGGAUAAUUCAUGGUUAUGUUAAUUAAAGUGGGAUUAAAUGCAAUCUCAUAAAAGGUACCCGUGAAUGAAAUAUUGGCAAAUAUAUAUUGUAAUUAAAAUUGAAAUGUAAUACAUCAAAGUAUGAAUGUCAUGCAAUUGAUAGAAAAAAGAAAAACAAAUUUUAUGAAAAAUAAAUUUAUUCUUAUUAGGUUUAAAAAUAUAUAUAAUAUACAUACAAA